CCGCCUCCUCCUCCGCAUGCCUGCGAAGGCCGAGGAAGCUUUUUAGCAACUGCGGCUGCCAGCGUCGCCGCCGCCGCCGCCACCUCUAAGAGAGCUCGCCUCGCUGAGCUCUGGCAGCGGCUCCUCUGCCUUGAAGGGCGCUCUGGGAGAGCGGGAGGCAAAAAGGAGGAGCGGGGGGCGCUCGGGGGCGCCCGCGAAGUGCAGCAAGAGCAGGAGGAAGAGGAGCAGGAGGAGAAAAACAAGCACCUGGGGCUCGGCUGCUCGCCUCACCGCCGCUCUUUCCCUCUGCCCGCCUCUCAUGCCAUUACAGCAACAAAGAGCACGCUGAGCAGCGGGCGGAGAGGCGCCCUGGCUCCGAGCUCCGUCAGCCCAGAAAGCGGCGGAGGACCAUGGCUAGGAAGGGGGACGCCUCGGUCUCUCCUUACGGUGAACCCAGAAAAUUUGAUCCAAAAUUCAGCGGACCUAUUCACAACAGGCAUUGCACAGAUGUAUUGUGCUGUGGGAUUUUCGUUGUUGUCAUCCUGGGUUACAUUGCAUUAGGAAUUGUGGCCUGGGUACAUGGUGACCCAAGAAAAGUAGCCUAUCCAACUGAUAGCUAUGGGCAGUUUUGUGGUCAAAAAGAUACACCUAAUGAGAACAAAACAAUUUUAUUUUAUUUUAACAUUCUGAAAUGUGCCAGUCCUAUAGUGCUAAUAAACCUACAGUGCCCUACAACACAGCUUUGUGUUUCAAAGUGCCCAGAUAGAUUUGCAACCUACAUAGAAAUGCAAUCUUCCUACAGAAGUUAUUGGGAGUACUACAAACAGUUUUGCAAGCCUGGAUUUACUAAGCCACGCAAGUCUGUGGCCCAAGUUAUGCGUGAUGAAGAUUGUCCUUCUAUGAUUAUUCCAAGCCGGCCUUUUCUUAAGAGGUGCUUUCCUGAUUUUUCUACUAAAAACGGGGUUCUGACUGUGGCCAAUCAGACUACUUUCAAAGAUGGAAGAGGAAAAACACGGAAUGUAACGGAUCUCAGGGAAGCAGCAAAUGGCAUCAAUAAUGUUCUUGAUGCAAGAUCAGUUGGGAUGAAGAUUUUUGAAGACUAUGCAAGCUCUUGGUACUGGAUCUUAAUAGGGCUGUUUAUUGCAAUGGUAGUCAGCUUGCUCUUUCUUGUGCUUCUGAGAUUCAUAGCAGGAGUUCUCUUCUGGAUUUUCAUCUUUGGUGUAAUUGGGAUUAUAGGAUAUGGUAUCUGGCAUUGCUACUGGGAAUAUCAUCGCCUUCAUGGAAUACCUGGUUCUGAUCUUACCGUCUAUGAUAUUGGAUUCCAGACAGAUUUCAGAGUCUAUCUGCAACUGAGGCAAACAUGGUUAGCAUUUAUGAUACUACUUUGUAUAGUGGAAGUUGUCAUUAUACUGAUGUUAAUAUUUCUGAGAAAUCGAAUUCGGAUUGCAAUUGCUCUUUUGAAAGAAGGUAGCCGGGCAAUUGGCUACAUCAUGUCUACAUUAUUCUAUCCAAUUAUAACCUUUAUUCUAAUCGCCAUCUGCAUUUCAUACUGGGCAGUGACAGCUGUUUUCCUGGCUACCUCAGGAGAACCUGUGUACAAAGUUAUGGCUAAUCAAAGCUUAUGCAAGUAUGCAAAUUUGACCUGUUAUCCAGAGACUUUCAACACAACCAAUGUGACCAAACUAUGCCCAGGGGCACAGUGCACAUUUGCUUUCUAUGGGGGAGAAAGUCUAUACCACCGCUACAUCUUAGUGUUUCAAAUUAUCAAUGUGUUUGUCUUUCUCUGGCUGGUCAAUUUUUCAAUCGCAUUGGGUCAAUGUACCCUUGCCGGUGCCUUUGCUUCUUACUAUUGGGCCUUCCGAAAACCUGCUGACAUCCCACCCUGCCCACUCUUUUCUUCAUUUGGACGAGCAAUACGGUAUCAUACAGGUUCUUUAGCGUUUGGCUCCUUAAUUCUUGCAGUGGUUCAACUAAUUAGAGUAAUCCUGGAAUAUCUUGAUCACAAACUUAAGGGCUCACAAAAUGCAUUUGCUAAGUUCUUGCUUUGCUGCCUCAAAUGCUGUUUUUGGUGCUUGGAAAAAUUCCUUAAAUUUAUAAACAGGAAUGCUUACAUCAUGAUUGCAAUCUAUGGUAAAAACUUCUGCACCUCAGCAAGAGAUGCGUUCUUUCUCCUCAUGAGAAAUGUGGUGAGGGUUGCAGUCCUGGAUAAAGUAACAGACUUCUUAUUAUUCCUGGGUAAAAUCCUUGUUGCUGGAGCUGUGGGUGUCUUGGCCUUCUUUUUCUUCACACACAGGAUACCAGUAUUUGCACAAGAAGCACCUUCACUGAAUUAUUAUUGGGUCCCCCUCUUGACUGUCAUUAUAGGGUCUUAUCUGGUUGCACAUGGAUUCUUCAGUGUCUAUGCAAUGUGUGUUGACACACUUUUCCUCUGUUUUUGUGAAGACUUGGAAAGGAAUGAUGGAUCUACAGCAAAACCUUACUACAUGUCAGCUAGUCUGCACCGGAUUUUGGGGAAGAAGGAACUGAGUCCCAAAAAGUUAAUGGGAUGAUGCUCAAAAUUGGAACAGUGUUAGUUUUAAGAAAGAGGAGAGAAAAAAAAUAAACAAUUUAAAAGGAGGAUGGAUAUAAUUUAGACAAAAGAUUUUCUUAAGUAUGACACUUCUGGUUAAUAAAUCAUUUGUGUUGCUUUGUACUAUCUAAAAAUAAGCAAAUGGGCAACAUUUUCAAGAUGUCUUUUAACUGCUGUGAAAUAAGAUCACAUCAUAGUUUUUAUAGAGUGCCUAUGGGAAACGUGUAAAUGUGAGGCUUCUUUUUUUUAACCUUUAGCUCUUAGUGUUUUAAUAACUUUUCUAACCUGAGAUUUUGCUGUCUAAAAUGACAGCCAUUUUGAUAACUUUUUUUAUAGGUGUAUAUUUGUAAAGGAUAUUCAGGCAAUUUUUCAAAGCACUACAAUGUAUCCUAAUUAGCCAUAAACAUAUCAAGAUUAUUGCUAACCAGCAGGUGGUCCUAAAUUUGUAAUGAUGGUGCUAUGGCUGUAUUUUUACUGCACAUGCUGAUUGACAGCUACUUAAACUGUGACUAAAAUAUACUAAUGGUUCUGAAGAAGGGCAUAUUGCUAAUUCAGUUGCCUCCUAAAAGUUGAGAUGGAGAUAAAUUGGGAUCCUGCUGAUUUAUCUAAAAAAAAAAAAAGACAGACAGUAGAUAGGGUAAAGUUUCUUAAAAUAUUUUCAUUUUUUUAAAAAAAAGAACGUUAUGCCAAUUUCUAUUCUUUUUUUUUGUAAUGUAAGUCAUGCAAUAGCUUCUGUUUGCCACCAGAUACAGUUGCAAAAUAUUAUUAGUAUUACUGGUUAAGAGUGCCAUGGUUUUAUGUGUGUUAUGUAAACUUUUUUUUUCUAGAAAAAAUAUCCAUAAAAUAAAAUCCAAUAUUAGUUUUUUUCCCCCUACGGAAGAACUCCUUGUUAGACAAGCUUGGUGUUCUCUAACCUGGCCUUCUGGAGUUUUGCUGGAACUUCUGUUCCAGUCCUCCCCACCAGUUCAACCUUUGUUCAGUGUAUCUUUGGAAAACACCAUGUUAGAGAAGGUUGACCUGACCUGAAACUCAAAUCAUUUGCUUUUCAUCGUAAAUUUUUCUCUUCUUUCUGCUGCUUGACAAAGAGAAAGAAUGAUUCUUUGCCUUUUAGGUCCCUCUUUCGUUACUUAUACGAACAUGUGGUCAUUUUUCAGUCAGAGAGGAAAGAAAUUAGAGAGAUGUAAUAUGAAUGAAUAUUCCUUGUAGUUGAAGUAAAAACUGGCCUUGAGUCUCAUGGAAAAAGGCCUAGUAAGUAAGUAUUAAAAAUUAGUAUUCUGCAUCAUAAAAUAGAAGACAUUCCUGCAAAGAAAAAUGCAACUUUCUUACUCAGAACUGGAAUUAAAAAUACAAUUACAUCAUUCAUCCCACUGUAUGUUAGUAAAAGCUGGGUAGACAACAUAUUCUAAGUAGGGUUUCUUCACAGUCAUGCUGCUUAUUUACGGGUUGUCUCACAUGAACUUUUAUUUCUGUUAAACAUUAAAACAAUGGGUAGUCUUAGUUAGGCUGUUUCUCCUGGAUCACGAGAGGCUUUUGAAAUUAAUAGGACACAUUGUAUUAAAAAAACAUGUAAUCAUGAGUUCCAUUAUCCCCUCAUGAUAUUAUCCUGUUAUUAACACGGGUGAUUGGCCUCUGUUUCUGACUGAAGCUUUGUGUGUCCAAGAAUUUGCACUGGUGAUUCUACUUUUUCUCUAACUUAUUGCACAAAAGCCAAGCUUGCCAUUAUAAAACUGGAUUCUCCAAAAUUCAUUCAACCAAACUCCCUAGUUCUACAUUAAGCUGGACUUGGUUUUAAGAUAAUUGGGGAAAUCAACCAAUAUUAAUUGGACUAAUAUAGAAUCUUAGGUGAUGGUGGUGGUGGGGGGUGUUUCAGCAUUUUUAACUCAUCUGUUGCAAAGAAGAAGGUUUUCCUGGAAGCCCCUUCUGUUAAAAGAAGCAACUUAUUUCCAGAUAAGAAUGUUUUUUUAGAAAGGUGCUUACAUCAUUUGUAUUCAAAACACCUGUGAGGCUAUCAGUCUGGAAUAAAUUAUAUAUAUAUAUGCACUCAGCUGAAUGUCCAUUUCGGUGAGUAGAUGUAUUUUUUUUUUCCAGACAAGUGUAAUUCAUCCAAAGUUAGCUUUACUGGAGGAGGAAUAUUUUGCUAAAUUUACCUACUUCAGCAAAAACUGUUCUAGAAGGUACUCUGGGAUAACAGGAGAGAUACAGGAAGAACUAGAUUCUAGAACAGUGGUUCUCAACCUGUGGGUCGGGAUCCCAUUUGGGGUCAAACGACCAUUUCACGGGGGUCGCCAAACAAGGCUGUCCGCCAUUUUUUUCCCCUUUUCUUUGGCCACGCCCCUGGCACCCAGUGAUGUAUAAGUGGGUUGGGGGUCACCACAACAUGGGGAACUGUAUUAUGGGGUUGCGGCAUUAGAAAGGUUGAGAACCACUGUUCUAGAACCUGGUUAGAAUCCUUUGCCCCUCUCUCAGCUGGAGCUUCCAAAAGAGUCUGCCUACCCCAGUGGAGUGGUCCUUUCAUUUCCUUCCCUUCUGUGCUACCAAAAAUGAGAGAAAAUUAGUUUCCUUGCAUGCAAAUAUGCAAAUCAAAAGAUGAACAGAGCCUCUUAACUACAGCAAUCACUGAGCAGUGGAGUGUUAGCAGACGUCACUCUAGAAGGCAACUUUUAUCCAUGGAUAACCCAAGAACAAGUUUCAGAUUGAGUCCUAUAUAAUUCAUCAUAAAAACAACAAAACAACUUUUCCCUUGUAAUGCCUGCUCAAACCUUAGAUUAUGGCUAUAUAAUUAACCCAGCUAGCAUGUUGUCCACCCAGUGUUAAUAUCUUGGGGUAUGUAGUAAGCAAAAUCAGUCAUUGCUAAGUAUGUCCUUGCAUAUUAAACCUUAGGAUUAGUCUUAAAUGUUCUCAGCCAAGAUAAAUUGAUAUCCAUUUGACAAAUAGCAAGUUUUCACUUUUAAGUCACAAUGCAACCAUUAGAUAUCAUUAGGUGUCUUUAGGAAUUCUUAGCUAUAACACUGGGUAGUUUCUAAAUAAUUAGAACUGAUUCUAAUGAUUAUUAGAACAGGAGUGACAUCCGGAAAAUGUUUGUUGUUGUCAUACUGAUUAAAACAGAGGCUUAGCAAUCAAUCCAAAGAAGCUAACACAUAAAGGAGGAAAAGCAAAUAAGAAAUUGCCAAAGAAGUCAUAAGAUUGCCUUUUUUUCACAUGCAAUCUUUAUUCUGGCCUGGUUUUUAUUUAAUAAACCAUGGUUAAAACCAUGUGAUUUAAUAUGAGUGAGCACAGCUGGUAGGUUGUACAUGAACAAGUAAACUCAGUAAGAAAUGUAACGGAGAAAUGCCCUUAAGGGGAACAGUCUAGAGUCGUUCUGUUAACUAAGCAACUGAAAUAAAUGUGAAAAUGCUAAGCAAUAGCACUGAAAUUUGGCUGCCAUUCAGCCAUUUGAAAUGUUCAAUAAUGGCAAAGUGUACAUCUGAUAGGCAAAAUUCCUGAAUAUCUUUCUCAGAAAUGAAUGAGCAUUAAUGUGCAAACUAAGUAAUAAUUUAUUUUUGAAAGGCUUUGAACUUUGACUGAUGUGUUUCUUAAUCCUUAGGACAAACCCUGCCGGUUUGUUGUAGUCUCCAUUUUAUGCAUAUAGUGCUUUAACAUAAAGCUAAAGCUUGAUCAAAUGCACUUCCUUGCUUUAGAGAAGUCAUAAUAUACUAGCGGAAUCAUUUCUUGAUGAAAUGAUAACGUUGAAAUAGGCUUGGAUCCUGCACUCCUUCGAGUCAAGAGCAAGGCAAAGGCCUUCUUGAUGGAACUGGUGCAGCAUCUAGCCCAUCUGAUUCUAAAGGGCUGAUUAUAUUAUUGCGCCAGUGUUUACAGUGUAAUAAAUGCCAAAACAUCCCAUAUGUAGUAUACAUACCGUGUGUGUGUGUGUGUGUGUGUGUGUAUAUAUAUAUAUAUAUAUAUAUUUUUUGCAGGCGUUUGCUGUUGUGCACAAAAGAGCCAGCAGAUGGAAGUAUUGGAUUGGUUUCAUUUUUUGCUCUCUGCCUUUCUUCCUCAUAGUGAGAGAUUUAGAAAGUCAGGACGGUUCUACCAAAAGACCUUAUUACAUGAGUAAAUCUCUGCUGAAGAUACUCAACAAGCAUAACAUACAAAGCAAGAGACAUUAGAGAAGGUCGAGUGUCCUGAUCACACCAUUUUGCGAUGGGUCUGGUGCAUUGUUUCUGCAAUACGUUGUCAGCUUUUACUUGUGCAAGUUUUAUACCAAAGCUAUUGUACCUGUGAAAUCAUCCGAGUUUGUCAUGACACCAAUCUUUCAAAUUCCAGGGACAGAGGAAACAUGAGAGAUUUAUUUUUUUUUCCCCUUCUCUCUCUCUCUCUCUUGAUUUCUUUCUUUAAUUCCUGUGGCUUGGCUGUUUUGGAGUGGAAGAAUAUUAAAAUGUUGGCUGUUGUUUUAUUUUUCUUGUUUUAAAAAAGAGGUAUGAAAUGUUUUAAUGUUGAAAAUUUUGUUCUAGGUGAGUAAACAGAUUUUUCAGAACAAUGUUAAGAGUUUCCAAGGAAGAAAACCUGUAAAUGUCCUUUUCAGUAUAUAUAUGGUUAAAGAAUAUGUAAAUGUCUCUUGACUGCAUUUCAAGUUAUGUCACUUUCCUAGCCUGUACAGCUGUGUGCUCCAAUACAAAGUGCCUUACUGGCUAUUGGCAUCACCUAAUUUAUGUUCCAAAGUUUACAAGCACCAUUUGAACCAUUAAUCUACUAUUGCUUGAAAAAGAUAAACAAAAACUCUCUUUUGAUUUACUUGAAAGCAUUGGUACAAGUUUGGUUGUUUUAUGUAGUUGCAAGUGUUAUAAAACCUGUAUUUUCCCCACCUCCAUCUGCUCUAAAAAGCUAAGUAGAGGGCAAUAUAACAUUUAAGGGAAUAGGUUUUUCAGCCUGGUUUUUAGCCAGCUUGAUUUAUAAUUUAGGAUAUUGAAUCUCUGCUGACUUUUCACUUCAACCUGUGCUGCAACCCCACACAUAACCCUGUUUUCUGGGGUAUUUAUUCAACUUCCUCAAUCCAGGAGAUCAGAAAUAGGUGUGCCAAUUUUCCAGCCAGAUGUUUUAUCUAUCUUCUGAGCAGAAAUUUGAUCCACCAUAAUUAACAGGAAAUAUUUAUUGCCCUGCUAAGAAAUGUCAUAUGACCCUAAUUUUAGAAAGUCUUUCCUGUAAAAGAGUAGUAGAUUAGAUAGAAAAAAAAUUAUCAAGAAAGAAAAAGUUCCAGAGCAAUGCCCAAAUCUGCACCCCACUCUUCCCCAAUCUAUCCAGGGCGGCAUCAAUUCCAAGGCAAGCCACUCUGGUUUCUCCCAUCCCAUUGUCACAAAACCACAUCUGCACCUGUAUACAUACCUGCCAGAAGCCACAGGACAGAAAGAGCAGAUCAAGAUUGGCUGUAAAUUAAGGUGUACAAGUAGUCCCCAACUUACCAUCAUUCAUUUAGUGACUGUUUGAAGUUACCACAGCACUGAAAAAAGUGACCUAUGAUUAGUCUUCACACAACCACUGCAGCAUCCCCAUAGUCACAUGGUCAACAUUCAGGCGCUUGGCAACUGGCACAUGUAUUUUUGAGGGUUGCACUGUCCUGGCAUCCAUGCGAUGACCAUUUGCAACCUUCCUAGCCAACUUCCAACAAGCCAAAUCAACCUGGGGGAAGCCGGUUUCGUUUAACAACCACGUGAUUCACUUCACAACUGUAAUGAUUCACGUAACUGUAGCAAGAAGGUCAUAAAAUGGAACACAACUCACCUAACAGAAAUUUUGGACUCAAUUAUGAUCAUAAGUCAAGGACCAUCUAUAUAGUUGAACAUGGAAAACAAAGAACACAUACAUUCCCUCCCUCCCUUCCUUCCUUCCCAGCAAAAUAAGAUAAUAUAAAGGAUAUGAAGUGAGGGAAAUGGGUAGAUGUGCAAGAAAGAAAAGGCUUAUUUAGGAAUUACAUAAAAGGCUGGAAACUCAUUUGGCAACGUUUCCUCAUUCCAAGUUAGUCAAAGGGCUUGUGCUUUUCCACAGUGAGGUUCGCAGUCCUUUGUGCUCCCUGUCCAUUUCUUUGCUUUAGUAGCCAACUUAGGAAGAACCUUGCCCCCUUUACAGAUCUGAAGGAGCAUGAAACAGCUGCUCCAGAUACAGCCACAGGGAUCAGCUGUGAAGUUGGCAGUCCUACAGACAAGCUCCCAUGUGAAUGCUGGGAAGAAAAGAAAUAUUUUUUCUUGCUUGGCCUUGUAUGUGUGAUGCCUGUAGAUAUUUCAGCUUUCAGAGCUGAUGAAAUCCAUGCAGAGGGGGUGCUUUGUAAAACAGAGCUCCGAGCCUGCCCCUUGAACGGAGUAGGGCUGCGCCCUCGGCAAUCGUGUGCAUGCUCAGAUUACCAUUCUGCUGGUUGUCUGCAAACGUGCACCUCAUGAUUAGCCCAGAGACCCCCUCAAAGCGUAGAAAACAUGGGUGCCAAAUUGCAUUGCAGCGCUCUUUUGGCUGUCUCGCUGAGCAUUCCUACGGAGGAAACUUUUCAAGGAAUGGAAACUUGGAAGAGUACAGUAUUUUGCAACACUACAGCCAUUUAGUAAUCAUUAUUCUGAAGUUACAGGAAUGAAUGUUACACUAGCAGUGGAGUUGUGACUGGAUAGCACUGCUACCUAACCACAGGUAGCAUGGGUAUGUCCCUUUAGUUUUGCAUAGGCCCUUGCUUUCAUCAAGACAAUUAUAUCCCCUGUUAAUGUCAAUCACGUUGCAUAAAUACUACUUAACAAAAGUUACAAUAUUGCAGUUAUAAAAAGUAUUUCUUAGGUCUAACAAGACAAUAGGACAACUAAGCGUGUACACCUUAUGUGUUUACCCAAAAGUAAAUCCCACCAAAUUAAAUGAGGCUUAACUUUCAAGGACGUCUGUACAGUACAAAGUAUUAGAGUAACACCUUAAUAUUUGUAAUUAUUUCCGUGGGUUGGUUUCCAUACUCUGCUCAGAAAAAUGUGUUACAAUCUUAGAUACAAAGCUUAACUGAAUUCAUUUGGUAGCAGAUCCCCUUGCUUCUGACUAACUGUGCCUAGAUUCAUGGAAUUAAGGGUAAAUUCUGACUUUAUUAAAAUUAGAAAUGCUCAUUAUUAACCCUGGAAUCAAGAUAUAUUUUUAGAGCCAAUUAUACGAUGUCUUGUACUUCCAUGCACUAAUUAGCUAAGUCAGAAUCACUUCAUCAAUUAUUCCAUAAUUUAGAGUCCUGCUUUGUAAAGUACAAGAAGCUGGAACAAGGAGAUACAUAUAGUACACUAGUGUAAAGUAUUUAUUGCUUUGUUAACAGGUGUUAAAAGACUAUUUCAUUUUUUAAAUCCAUCUAAAGAUAAGAUGUUAUUUUAAAGGAUGAGUUUUAAUUUUCUAACUUUUGAUACAAUCUAUUAUCCGCCCUUGUAAAAUGUUAAUUAACAUUUAUAGUUCAUGGUAAUAAAAGAGAAACUUAAUAUCUUCUUAGUUUCUGAGAUGUAUAUUUAAUACUUCCUUAAACAAUCAUUAAUGCAACCUGUGAUAGGGGUACAUCACCAUUUUAAAUAUGUACUCAUAUUUUGCAUGAUAACAAAUGAAGGACAUUUUCUGUUUCUCAGCUGAUCACAUUUCUACUUCAAAUGUGAUUUUUUUAAGAGACUGUUUUUUGUGCCCAAGGCAAAUUAACUUGAGCACAUGGCCAUCUGAACUUUAAAAUCUAUUUGCUUCUGCUGUGCAGAAAUUUUAGAAACAUAUUGUUGAAAAUAUCUUUGCAGAACUUAAUAUUUAACACAAGUUGUUGUUACUUAUUGUUUAACAGCUCUUAAGAUUUGUUCUAAUAAAGGUUUAGAUUAAAA